AUAUUCAUGUAACAGAUUCGACUAUAACGAUCCCGAAUUCCGUCAGUAUGUGCAAGGAAUUGAUGAGAACAUGCAAGAUGUUGGAGUGAGUACAGUUGUUAACUUUUUCCCGAUUCUCGAACACCUUCCUGGAGAUCCUUUCAAGAUUAAAAAAGUUUUCAAGAACAUUAAGAAAAUGGAAAAAUUCAUUGAGGGUGUUGUCCAGCGUCAUCUAGAGGAUUUCGAUGAGUCAAAUAUAAAAGACUUCACAGACGCAUACAUCAAAGAAAUGGGGUUACAAAGCGAAAACAACCCGGACACUUCUUUUACUGUGGAACAGUUGCGUACCGUCAUCGGUGACAUGCUUGUAGCUGGGAUGGAAACAACGACAAGCUCUUUAUUAUGGUGUUUAGUCUACCUGUUGAACUAUCCUCAUUUCCAAGACACCAUACAGAAAGAAAUUGACUUACACAUCGGCCAGAAUCGAUUGCCAUCUUUAGACGACCGUCCACACUUACCAUUUCUUGAAGCGUGUAUCAUGGAAGUGCAACGCCACGCCAACGUGGUUCAGUUAUUGCUCGGCCGAAAGCCAGAACACCCUAUUACGUUUCGCGGUUAUAAUAUUCCCGAAGACUGUAUCAUAAUACCGAACCUCGGUUCCAUCAUGAACGAUGUAGCUUUCUGGGGCGACCCUAACAAUUUUAGACCCACCAGAUUUUUGGAGAACAGUAACAAAGUCAUAAAACCAGAAGGCUUCAUUCCAUUUUUUAUUGGCAAACGAAGUUGUUUCGGGGAGCCGUUAGCCAAAGCUGAACUGUUUAUAUUUUUGGCAGGCAUCUUGCAACAGUUUACGCUUGAAUGUACCCCAGGAGUAAAGCCACCAUCAUUGAAAGGUAAAUUUGGAGUUACAAAUGUUCCCGAGAGAUUUAAUAUCAAGAUUGUGCGAAGAUCGCAGACGCCUACAAAUGCAGUAUUGAUAGAGAACGCCGAAACCCCUGAAACGUCAACCAGUGAGAGCAAAUGAACACUCUGUUAGCUGUUUGAUGAUGGAUACUAGUUAAACCUCAGUGAAUAUAUGAUAGAUGCAUGAAUACAUUGAUAGAUACGUAGGUAGAUAUAUAUAUUCAUGUAUGUGUGGAUGUGUGCAUGUAUAUAUACAUAAUCACAUUGAUAUGGACAUACUAAAUUGUACUUUAAAAUCAUACACUUCUGUAUGCAAAUAUGUAUAUAUAAAUUGUACGCCUCAUUGUUUCAUUUCAUGCCUAAAUUUAUUACCGUAUUUAAAUGUAGAGAAAGCAUAAUCGAGUUGAAGAUUAUAUGUGUCUCCGUGUGUUUGUAUAUGUGUGUCUGUGUGCAUGUAUUGCGUGCUUGCGCAUGCGUAAGUGUAUGUAUGUGAGAAAGUAGGAGAAAGUAUAUUUACGUCUCUAAUUUCAUGAGAUUGACCAACAUUUUUUUUUUUUUUCAAACUCAUAAUACCGUUGAAUAAAAGAUCUGCUAUCAACGAACCAAAUCAGCGAGGUAGCUUUCAUUCCUAACAGACAGCAAUUCAUUUUAUUUACGCUAUUAACGCAGGCCAGUCAGAAGUGAAUAUUCCUUCUUUUAUUUUCACUAUCAAAAAUAUGUCAUGUGUAUUUAUAGAUGUUGAACAUAACAUUGUUGAGUGUCUAUAUUCUUAAAAUUAUUUACUUCGCAUGAGGGGCGAGACUUCUUUUUCAU